UAUUGUGGGAAUUCGCAUGAGGUGGCCGGGGUGCAUUGGGGGCGCCGGUGAUAAGACGCCGGCGCCUUCCAACGCCGCCGGCUCUCUCGUGCUGAUUUCGCGAUUUGUUAAAUACGCGACCGCGUCCGCAGAAAUCGGUAUUCGUGCGCGACCCAGCUAAGCAGCCGCAAUUGCGUUCGCGGUUUCAAUCGUGUGCUCUGUUUCCAGCCAGCCAUCGAAAAUCCAGUACCAGCUUGUUCCAGCAGGACGUCGCAUUGCAAAGCUGAUUUAAGCAUAACCCAAACCGAAAAUAAAUAAAAAUGGUUAUGAUUUGUGACACCUGCAAUCAGCCCAUCGAGGGCAAGUCCGUUUCUGCACUGGGCAAAAACUACCACCCCGAGCAUUUCGUGUGCAAUAUUUGCAAGAAACCCAUCACUAACUCGACUUUCCAUGAGAUUGAUGGUAAACCGGUGUGUGAUGCGGACUUUGAGGCCACGUGCCCCAUUUGCGCCACCUGCUCGAAGCCCAUUCUAAAGAACUCCUUGAUCGCAAUGGAGAAGUACUACCACCCGGAGCAUUUUGUCUGCUCCCUGUGUAAGACCCAGAUCACCAGCAAGGAAUACCAUAAUAGGGAUGGUGCACCUGUUUGCAAUGCGUGCUUCUUGGAGAAGGUGGCGGAUAAGUGCAAGGGUUGCGGGGAGCCGAUUCCAACACGUGCGACAGUUGCUCUCAAUGCUAAGUGGCACCCGGAAUGCUUUAAGUGCUCGAAAUGCAACAAGGCCAUUAGUUCGACAUCUUUCAAGGUGGAUUCGGCUGGUCAUCCACAAUGCGAGAAUUGCUAAAUUUCUAUGAUCUACUGCUUUCUUUAAAACAAAAAAAAACUAAAAUUUUGGCUAAAAAAUUUCUUUGAAAUUAAUCCUUUUCGAACCCUGUUCAAAAUUAACCUUGCACGUAUUCCUAAUUGCUCAUAGCACCUUGAGUCCUCCAAAACAAACGAAAACUAAACAUGAAGUUGAUACAAGCAAUUUGUUAUUUGAAAUAAAUUUACUGUGCACUUA